AUGUAUAUAAAUUUAUAUAAACACAAAACAAAGGUACUAUGUUUUCUUUUACUAUUAACUUUCUUUUUGAUAAAUGGAUUUUAUGUUUUUAAAGUAAAUAAUGAAAAUGGAUUUUAUGUUGGAAAUAAAAAUGAAACCUUAAAAAGUGAAGGUGGACAAUUUAAUAAACCUGAAAGUAAAAAAAAAAUUAUUAGUCAAAACUUAACAAUAAAAAAUGAAACUUUUGAAAUUAAUUAUAACCACACAACCACCACCACUAAAAAUCAAACUCUAAAAAAAAAUGAAAAAAUUAAUAAUCAAAUUUCAAAUGUAAACCAAACUGAACUUUUAUUAAAAAAUAAUAAUAAUAUCAAUAGUAUUAAUAAUAAUAAUAAUAAUAAUAACAAUAAUAAUAUAAAUAAUAAUAAAGAUAAAGAUAAACCAAUUUUAAAUAAUGAAAGUAAAAGUAAAUCAUUAAUAUUAAAUAGAUCAUCACCAAAUAAAGACAAUGAAAUUUAUUUAAAAAAGAGUGAAAUUCAGUCAAGUAAAAGUAAAAGUGAAUUAAAAAUAAUAAAAACCAAUUCAAAAAAUGUUGUUGAUGAUGAUGAUGAUGUUGAUGAUGAUGAAGAUGAUUAUUUUCCAAUUAAUGGUAAAAUUCAAAGUUUUGAUAAUAAUGUAUUUUUAUUAAAUGAAUCAGUUAAUACAUUUAAACCAAAAUGUAAAUAUAUUGAUAUUGUUUAUACAUGGGUUGAUGGAACAGAUCCAAAAAUGUUGCAGAAGUAUGGAACAUUAAAAUAUUCAUUAAGAAGUGUUCGUAAAAAUGCACCAUGGGUUAGAAAAAUUUUCAUUAUUACUGCAAAUCAAAUUCCAUCUUGGUUUAAUAUUUCAAAUAAUGAUAAUGUUGAAUUUAUAUUUCAUGAUGAAUUAUAUUUUAAUAAAUCCCAUUUACCAACAUUUAGUUCAAAUUCAAUUGAAUCAAAUUUUUUUAAUUUACCAAAUCAAGUUUCAAAUUGUUUUUUAUAUUUAAAUGAUGAUGUUUUUUUUAGAAAUCCAGUUUUAGCAAGUGACUUUUUUGAUGAAAAAUUUAAUGCUCAUGUUUAUCAACAUAGUAAAAUCAUAUCAAGUGAAACUAUAAUACCAAAUGGUAAAUUAAUUAGAAAUAGUGUUCAAUUUACAAAUUUAGUAUUUAGUAAUAGAUAUUUAGAUAGAAUUUGGUUUAAAACAAAUAGGUAUCGUUCAGAUCAUGGUGUUGGUGUUUUUAAUAAACAAAUAUUGAAAAUGGCAUAUAAAGAAUUAAAAGAACAAUUUGAAUCAACAUCAUCAAAUAGAUUUAGAUAUCCAGAAGAUUUAACAAUACCAUUUUUACAUCUCCAAUUUUUAAAAAGAUAUACAACAUUUAAAGUGAAACCAUCUAUAAAUGAAUAUUUUGCACUUAAAGAAGAUAAUGUAGCUGAAUCUUUCAAAAAAAUGCAAUUAAUUUUACUAAAAAAUCAGUUUGUUUAA